AUGCAACCAGCAGCUCAGAAGCAGCCCACAAGCGCGCAGCAUCCUCAUCAACAGCAACAGCAGCAUCCACCGCAGCAGCAGCAGCGACAGCAGCAUCCGCCGCAGCAGCAGCAGCAACAUCAGCACCACCCUCCAUCACAGCAGCAGCAUCCACCCCAGCAGCAGCAUCUAGCCCAGCAGCACCAUCAACAGCAGCAGCACCAUCAACAGCAGCAGCACCAUCAACAGCAGCAGCACCAUCAACAGCAGCAGCACCAUGCACAGCAGCAGCACCAUCAACAGCAGCAGCACCAUCAACAGCAGCAGCAUAAGGAUGAAGAUUUGUGUUGUGCGUAG